AUGGCCGCGCCAGCUGAUCUGCGCUGGAUGCGCGCCGCCGUGGUGCUGCUGCUCUGCGUGUCCGAAGCGCGGCCCGCCGCCCCCGACGCGCACUCCAACUACUACGAGACCCUCAACGUCGAGCCAGCUGCAACGGACACGCAGAUUAAAAAGGCGUUCAGAAAGCUGGCCGCCAAGUACCACCCAGAUAAGAACAGGAGCGCGGACGCAGAGAAGACUUUCAGGGAGAUUGCUGAAGCUUACUCAGUGCUGUCUGACAAAGAGAAGAGGAAGCUGUAUGACAGCGUGGGCCAUGACGGCUUCCUAAAGAACGCGGCCUCCGUCGACCCGGAGGAUGAGGAGGAGACGAGCUUCCACUUCAGCUUCUCUGACGUCUUCCACGACUUUGAGGACGUCGUCCUCACAGGGGAGUCGCACACCCACUGGAGCUUCCACCACGAGGAUCGCGAGGACGGUUCAUACGAGCAGCACAGCUUUGAGGGGCCCGACUUUAAUUUCUUUUUCAUGGACGAGGAUCAAAAUGAGGAGGUGCACGGUGACUGAUGUCUGCGGCCUGUUUGUCUCUCACUCAUUAAACUGUUGACUCCGUC